CUAGAAACAAAUAGGUGAGGACCGAGGAAAGGGAACUGAGAGAGUGAAAUGGGGAAUCCUUCCUCAUUCUCCUUCAGUUUCGUAGUCCUCCUCUCCGUCUCCCUCACAGCUUCAUCACCGUCCGCCAAAUUCUUCCUCAAGUCUACGUCUCCGUCUCCGUCUCCGUCUCCGUCUCCGUCGCGGCCGUCGAUUCCCAAGGCGACGCCGUGCGAUUUGCUCUCCGUCCUAGGCUCCGCUAAUCAAUCCUCCACAGUCAACCCCCUGGUCUCCAGGGAGCUCACGUCUUGCCUAAAGUUCCUCGUCCCCUUCGCUCCCGCUGCUCUUGAAUGUCCGGAAUCUUCUCCGGCAAGGCGGAGAUUGCGUUCGGAACGGCUCAACCUCCGCCGCCGAAACCGUGGAGAAGAGAACCAGCUCCUCUGGUGGCCCCCUGAGCCGGUUCUCGAGCUCGCUCGCCUUGCCGUUGACUCCGGCGGCGAUCCUGAUGCUAUCUAUCGCGCUCUGGAUCCAACCGUCUUGCGAGUUCCUGACGUUGAAGGAUGCAAAGAGGAACGGUGCGAACUUACUAGAACGCCGUAUGGGAGGCGCUUCAUAAGUCAGGAGUUGAAUAUCUACUUGGAAUUCUUGUUUGAACUCAUUGUUUCUCGAGCACCUGAAAUUGGGAUGAAUGUGUUGUUGAAUCGCUAUGACUUCUUCCAUGGCCACCUUUUCCUCGCAACUGGCACGGGAAGGCUUGGGAUUCUGUUCCAUGCCAAAGAAUACCCUGCAUAUGACAAAACAGCAUUUCCAUACAACAUGGGAUAUUGCCAAAAGGGAUCCAAUGUGACUUACGAUGAGUCCAUGAAUACGCGGAACAUUCUCUGGCUGGCUCCAUUGCCAGGCGAUUCCGGAAAAGCUUGGGUGGCACCAGGCGUCCUGGUAGUGCUGGAUGCUCAUCCUGGGGGAAUCAUAUACAGAGAUUUCAUACCCAGUUACGUAAAAUUUGUGAGGACCAUAUAUGAAGAUGAUUUUGGGGACGUUGCAGUAGAUGUGAACUACUUGAACGUUGGAGGCGCAGUUGCGGAUUAUCAGAUCUAUGUAUGCUGAAGUUUCGACUUUUGAGGUAGUCUUUCCCACGAUUACUCUCCUACAUUACCCGAAUGAUGCUGCUGCGCUUCGUUUUCAUUUUGUAACAAGAACGUAUGAACCAUUUCACAGAAGUUGAUUGUUCCUAACCUCCCAGCAUCGAAAAGAUGUAAACAAGAAUGAGUUUCGGUCUCACAGUUGCCCUGAGAAAUGAUCAGUUCAGUGAAAAGUUUGCCCCAUCUGUAAGUCCUCCCCCCAUAACUUUUCAGAUCCUUCUCAUCUUUUAACCUGAGGAGCAGGAAGAAAGGAGAAUCAAAGAAUAACAAUUUACUUUCAUUUCUUCUGAUUUCACUAUUCUUAUACACUAAUUGGACUGUACUGAAACAGGCCUGACGCUGGUCAACUGAUGAUAUUGAAUACUUUGAUGUCUAAUGUUAUUAGUAAAAGUCAAAUACUUUGAUAUACUCUUAUCUCAAUUAUACCGGCUUGAUUCAAUCCAAUUCGAUCACGAGCACUUCUACUAUGCUAUAUAGUAUUGGUGCUUUAAUAUACAACUUAAAGUUGUACUAUAACAUCAAAUGUAUAAGUUACUUUAAUGUACAACUUAAAGUUGUACCAUAACAUUAAAUGUAUAAGUUUAGG